CGCGAUUACUCGAGUAAAAUCUUUAAAGAUGGCGACAGAAUAAGCAUUGGCAUAAUGUUGUGCUAUUAGAAGCAAAUUAAUCAUCUUUUCCCAUAAGCAUGGCAAACAUGUUUUACUUUGAAGUUUCUUCAUGAUUCAAAGUAGAAAAUUCGUUCCAUUUGUUUCCUUGUGUACCAGCUCUUGACCCGAAGAGCAACAUAAACACGAGCUCAGGUACAAUACAGAAACAGACACGAGCACGAGCUUAAGCACGGGUAGACCAGAUUGGACCCCAACCAACUUUCUUGAGUCUACAGACACGCACGCUCUCGCCUUCUCUCUCUCUCUCCUCGCUUCUUCCUUCCUUCUUCCCUCUACUUUUCUCAUCCCUACACUCUCUCACCUUCUACUCUUUGUUCUUGUCGCUCCCCACAUUCCUCAUCUCUCCGUUUUGGGCGCUCUUUAAGACAAUAGAAAUUAAAUAUUAGAAGAGUGAGACUCUACAAUCAUGGAUUCUGAGCUCCGUAACAGGAAGGUCUCAACAACCCAGCUGGAGGUCAAUGGCGUGUCCUCAUCCAACAAGGUGCACGCUACCGCAGCAGUCCGAUCAGGAACUCCUUCCAUGACUGAAUCACCCGAUCUCCAUAAUUCGCAUGGCAGAGAUUCGACCGAUUCAGCUACUUCGGGUCAAUCUCUAUCAGAGUCCCAGAAGUUGAGCCUAGCCAGGGAACAGGAAGAGACUGCGUUUGGCAAAACUCCCAAUGGCACAAUUUUUCGCGUGCCUGUUACAAAGGACAUGCUGAGCGAGAUCUUUGAUAUGAGCAAGAAAAAGUCUGCUUUUGAUCUCAUCACCCUUGCCGUUAUGGGUGUUCAGAUUCUCAUGUUCUUCACUCUACCCACAUACAUUAAACGUUGGCUGUUCCUGGCCCUCUUCUUAUUCUGGAGAGCAGGAUACAAUGCGGGUUUGGGCUACUUGUUGAAACUUCAGAGCGAACGUAGAGCGUUGGUUGCUUGGGCUAAGGAACAAGGCAUUUUUGACAAAAAGCGUGGUGGUGGCUGGUAUGAAUGGCUCAAGCAAGAGCUCAGCUGCAAGAUGGACUCGGACUACGAUUUUGAUGCCGUACCUAUCGAAUUCAACACAUGGCUAUUAUACCGACAGCUUGUAGACCUAAUCCUCAUGAAUGAUUUCACUACCUAUGUCUGCUUCGCUCUAUCUUGGCUCACCUUCCCUGCCGGAUCUGGCUUUUUUGGCCACGUAUUGCGCUGGACCGCUGGGUUCAUUCUUGUGUUCUUCAAUAUUUGGGUCAAGUUGGACGCACAUCGUGUAGUCAAGGACUUUGCUUGGUAUUGGGGUGACUUUUUCUUUCUGAUUGAACAAUCAUUAACGUUUGAUGGAGUCUUUGAGAUGGCACCCCACCCAAUGUACUCGGUUGGAUAUGCUGGUUACUACGGUAUCUCCCUCAUGAUGGCCUCAUACAUGGUGCUCUUUGUUUCACUCUUUGCCCAUGCCGCCCAAUUUGCGUUCCUCACUUUGGUCGAGAACCCUCACAUUGAUAAGACCUACAAUCCUCCUCAGAUCCCUAAAAAGCGUGUCCCCACUACCACUGAGGCGUCAUUGGGACUAUCUACUGGUCAGAGCUCUGUUGUUGCCUCCCCUUCCGACCAUGUUGCACCCAUUGAUCAAGCAGCAACACUUGUCCCUUGCGGAUCGAAGGACAUGUACAACACCUACUUUAGACGGGAUCUCAUUGUUUUCAAGAACUUUGAUAUUUUCCGUUCAAACGAUAUUUUCGUGGCGCUUAUUAUCUUUUAUGCUACCAUUGUGCCGCUGCUGAUUUCCAACACAGGACCUCGCUUCUUGACAUUCAUGAUGGUUAUUCAGGCCUUGAUGUGGCGUGUUUUCCAUUCCUAUGUACUUGGUGCUGUCUUGAAGAGGCAGAGUGACAGCAAAUUUUAUACGAAGCAUUUUAUCAAGCACGGAGGCACAGUACAGGAUGCAUUCCAAAGCUGGAAAAGCAUUUUCAACUUGUCCAACUCGAUGACAUACGCUACCUUUUUCUUGGCUGCUUUCAAAAUGUAUUCAAUCCCGGACGAUUGGACCUAUGGUACCGUCCUACUUCGUCAUGUCCUUGGGCUUGCAUUGAUUGCUCUCCAUAUUUGGGCCUCAGUCUCUGUCUUUGAGGUACUGGGUGACUUUGGUUGGUUUUAUGGUGAUUUCUUUCUGGAAGACUCGUCCAGCGGUCUGUUCUACACUGGGAUCUAUAGAUUUGUCAACAACCCUGAGAAAGUCAUGGGCCAUGCUGCAUUCUGGGGUAUGACCUUGAUUUGCAAUAGCUGGUCUAUUUUUAUCUUGGCCAUGUUCUCCCAGGUCUCUAACUUCUUGUUCUUACACUAUGUUGAGUCCCCUCACAUGCGUAAGAUUUACGGAAAUAAGAUUCGUAAAGAUGCUGGUGUUGUCAAGACUGUAAAAGCUGCUAAAAUCUUCCCCAAGAAAAUGAAGGAUGAAGUCAGCAAGAUCCGCGAGAAGCUGGAGGAGACACCCGAAAUUAAGGAUGUACUUCAGAAGACACGGGUUGUCUCUGAGAAGGCACAAGAGAUUGUCGAAGGUACACGUGAUGACUUGAACGGCUUGGUCCAAAGUGUUGCUCCUCGUAUACAAGAGAUGGUCUCCAAUUCCAAGGCUCUACUUGAGAGCUCCAGAGAAAAAUUAAUUGUAGCUCGAACUUGGGAUGACAUUGGAGUGUAUGACAAGUCACAAUAUUCAGUAAAGAUCAUCAAUGACGUUGCUCCGGCCGUCAAUGCAGAGGGCAUUCCCACCUACAGCCUUGGCCAAAAACUGACUGUAGAGUGGACAGCGCCUUUGAACCAUGGUACUAAGGAUUGGAUCGGUAUUUACAAGGUCUCAAGCAACAACUCCAAGGAAGUGACGUCUGUGGCUUCCAAGGGCCGCUAUCUGUAUGUUAACCGUGAUUUGGGACUUGGAGAGGCCGAAGAAGGCGUGAAUGAUCAUGCUGGCAAAGGCGAUGGUGAGAUUAUUGAAGAGGAGGUUGUUUGGAUUGAAGAAAAGGAGCUGUGUCGUGGCCGUGUUGUUUUCCUGGGCGACAAACUUCCAUGGUUCCAAGGCACUUUCGAAUUCAGAUACCAUCACCAUGGACGAUACAACGUUAUGGCUUACACAACACCAUUUGCCAUUGCAUUGGAAAACUACCAGGACGAGAAGGAGCACACUGUGGCCUCGAUUAGCCAUGCGCUCUUGCCAUAUGUCCAACGUUGUUUCAAUUCUGAUGAAGAAACAAUGCCAACCUCCGUGGAUGAGCGCUUCAUCAUGAUUAACGAAUCAAUCGCACAAAGGAUUGUCAGGGGUAUUCAGCUCAUGUAUGGAAUCGAAUUUACUUGGGAAGUAGUCGCAGUCGAUAUGAGCUGUCUUCAUCUUGCUCUCCGUAUCUUCACAGCUCGUCGAGCUCUGGCACCUUUCUCCUCUAUUGAUUCGCAUAUUUCACUGUCGGAUGAGUCUUAGUUCAUCUCAGUCCAUCAAGAACAGCAAUCUAAGGCAUAGUUAAAUAUGUAUAACGCAUGGAUAUGAAGAAUACUUUACCUUGGUUUCUUUUUUUCUUUUUCUAAAAAAAUGCAUUAGUGUAUGUAGAUAUGAAGUAUAUAUAUGUAACAAAUAAAAUAAAAAAACACGAAAC